AUGCUCCCACCGCAUCUUGCAAAGGCGCUCUACGAAAGCAAAUGCAUGACCAUUAUGGAUGGCGAGCUUGGAGACACCGCGACAAUGAAUCUUUCCGAUGAAGAGUUACAGAUGCUGAAAAAGACUGUCCAUAUCAUCAUCCAUGCCGCGGCAUCUAUCGAGCUCAAGAAUUCACUUCGCGAACUAUCAUACACAAUCAUUGCGCCUACAUUGUGUCUAACACAGUACGCCAUGAAGUUUGUCAACCUAGAACGCUUUGUCUUCGUUUCCACGGCAUACGCCAACGCUCAUCUAUGGCAAACAACCAAAUCCACCGACGUCGCCGUGGACGAGAAAGUAUAUCCAUUGAGCAACGAAACAGAAGGCGAAGCCUAUGCAGGAGCACUAGAGAUAUGGAAAAAUGUUCAGAAGACGGGCACUUCUGACGAGUACAACGCCCACAACUUUCCAUGGCCAUAUGCCUACGCCAAGCACCUGGCAGAGCGUCUCGUCUUAGAAAAGGCAGCCCAGAAGAAUAGCCUCGAUAAAGUUCUUAUAAUUCGGCCUUCAGUCGUAGGACCAGCCGAUAAGUUCCCAAUGCCAGGCUUCACAACCUCAUACUCGACCCCAUCCACAGCCUGUGCUGCAGCUUACGCAAUACACCCAGGUCGAAAGAUUGUUCUCUCGACCCGAUGCGAGAAUCCAGAUAAAGACGCAACCAUCGACGAGGUCCCCGUUGAUGUUGUGGCAGAUCGACUGCUAGCUCAUGUGGCAUUGGGUUCGAGUGGAUGUGUCCAUGCUGUCAGUGGGGAAAGAGGGAGACUUCGGCUCGAGGACUGGUGGAAUGCGUUUAAGAAUGAAAGAAGGCUUCCUUGGAAUAUCCAUCCUGUUUGGACUUCAGAGGACUGGCACUCCAAGAACUUGCAUCAUAUAGCGCGGAAUUUCAAGAUUAUUGGGACGUCCUUCGCGUUUGCUGAUGGGAGGACCGAUGCAGUGGCUGAGCAGCUUGAUUCUGAGGCGAGGGAGGGACUUCAUCUUUAUGCCGAUCGGUCGAAACCGUAUCAUCAUUCUUUAAUUCAUCGUCGACAUCAUAUUCACAAUGCGGCGAGGCAAAUUGCGAGGAAGAGCCGGUUGCCGGUUUGUUCGGUUGGGCUUUUUUGUCGGAAGGGGAAGCAUCCUGCCACUUUACAGCUGAGUGAGAAGGCCGCGUGA